UUUCAACGACCUCACACUAUUGAUGACGAUGAUGUCGCGAUUUCUCGUCCGAGCUUGUGUUGCCCUGGUGGCGCUCUUGACCGCCGCCACCGCUACGCCCAAUGCCGCCGCGGUAUCCGCUAUCUCUGCCGAGACCUUGAACGCCCACUUCAAGCCCGCCGUGCCCUUUCACAUUGAGUCCGCGACGCAGGUCCACGCGGAAGAUGCCAAGUCCCAAUGGCGGGUGACAUCCAACAAAGGGGCGUUUGACAUCGACGUGCAAGAAGACGCCAGCACCAACGUCCUGUCGCUCCUCACGGUCUACCAUAUUGACGUCGACGGCACCAAGACCUUGAUCUACGAGCCCAAGGGCCUCCCUACGACUUGGCUCCUUGGUGCUGGCCUUGCUUUGGUUCUCGUGGGUGUCGUGGUCUUGACGUCGUCGCGGCCUUCCUCGAUUGCGCGAGCUCCCACAGCCGCACCACCAUCGUCGCCCAAGGGAAGCGCGGGCGCGACGACAGCCGCACUGCGUCGCCGUCGUUCCAAGUUGGAUUAGUUGGCGAAGAAUACAUGGACUGUAAUCCAUGCAGUGCCAGUAUGUAGGCGGUGUUAACAUGAAUGCCUUUACUGUUAUUACCAG